AUGGGCUUCACCUUUGCGCUCGACGACGCGUCGAGCGGUUCUAAAUUACGUUUAGGACGCAUCGAAUCCGACGACGUGGAGAUGUGCACCCCGGGCGCGCUCGCGGUGACGUCGAGAGGUGAACCGGCAAAUUUAACCUCGGACAUUUUAAAACGCCUCGACGACGCCUUACGGGCGUGUUCGUCCACGAGCGCGGUCGAAAAGGAUCCACGAACCGUUUUCUUUGGGUACGCGCAGUGCGCGUCGCACGCGGUGACGGAUGCGCGAAAGGAUGGUGAGCGCAAGCGGGAGUCGGACGCGCGCGCGGACGGAGCGCGAACGCGCGCGGGUUCGCGUCCGGCGGUCGCGAAUUAUCGAGAUCCGACAUCGUUCGGCGUGGAUGUUCGAGAACGGAGUAAGGAUCUGGCGAUUGCGUGCGAGACGUCGAGCGGGAGACGAUGGAUGACGUGCGAGGCGCACGCGCUGCACGCGAGACGGUUGGGCGCUGGAUGUCGUGUCGCGCUCGCAGAUGAACACGCGGGCUGGUCGAGCGAGAGCAAGGCGAGGGAGUGCGCGCAGAGGACUUUUGAGAUAUUGGAGGAGAGCGUGAACGGGGCUUUGGUCGGGGAGAAGAUUUUCGCCUCACUCACCGGGGGUGAACACGUCGGCGUGCGCGAACGAUUGGGCGAGCGCGUGCGAGCGUUCGUAGAUUCGAAUUUAAAAGCGCGCGAGGUCGUCGCAGGGUACGCAUUGAGUGGAUUCUACGCCGGAGAAGACCCAUCCACACGCGAGCGGUGCGUCAAGGCAUCGCUCGCGCACGUGGAGAGCGAUGUGAAGAAGGUACGAUACCUCCCAGGCGCGACGACGAUUGAGGACGUCGUCGAUAACAUCGAGCGAGGCGUGGACAUUUUCGAUGCCACGUGGGCGAGCGAGACCGCCGCGCGCGGGCGGGCGUUUUGCUUUCCCAUCGACGCCUCCGACGUAGACACGAUCGCGAUCGUCGACGCCGGCGCGUCGUCUCGAGCGAUGACGGGAAACGACGCGUACUCGCUCAAUCUUUGGGCCGUCGCCCACAAGACGGAUUUCGUCCCGUUUCUCCCGAAAAGCUCAUGCGCGUGCCCGGCGUGCAAAGAUCACACCAGGGCGUACGUCCAUCAUCUCCUGCAAUCGCACGAGAUGACCGCGGACGUUUUGCUCGAGGCGCACAACCUGUAUCGCCUGUGUGCGUUUUUCGCCGCCGCGCGGAACGCAAUGCGCGACAGCCGCUGGGAUGAAUUCGCUCGGUUUCACCGGGAAUACGCCAAGAAAGCGCGAGCACCACCGAAUGAUGAUUAG